UAACUACCUAUGGUUAAAAAAUUUUGAAAAUGGAGGUUGAAAACUGUGAUCUAAAGGGGCCAUGAAAACUUUGUCAUUUCUCAAGGUAAAGCACUAAAGCCAUAAGUUUUGUACUUUAACUGGAAAAGAAGAAGAAGAAAAAAGUUGAUUGCUUUGCGCCAACAUGGCAAUUCAAAUUCCACAACCCUCUGUACUAUAUGAGUCGUCUUCUUCAUCAACUCAUUCUUCACUGCAUAACACAACUAAGCUCAACAAUGGAAGAAGCAAAACUUGAGGCUCCACCUCAAACUCUCUCGCCAUCUUCAAACGGGAGAACAAGAAGGAGAAGGAGGAGAAGCAGUGGUUCAAGCUCUUUCGAGUUUUGUGUGCUCCGAAAACCCAAUCUUUUGUCCGCCGAUCAGCUCUUCUCCGACGGCGUCCUCCUCCCCCUCCACCUCCUCCACUGCCCUUCCUCCGCCGACGAUCAUUCUCCGGAACCCAAGCGGCCGGAUUCAUCACCCGUGGUGGAACUGAAACAACCCAAUCAGCCGGACUCGCCCAGGCAGAUAAAACGUGUAGAGCAGCCCCAGUUGGGAGCAGAAUCUGGGCCGGAGAUUUCUGCUGCGCCGGUGGCUAGCUCCUCCGCCGCCGCCGCCGCGGAGACGGCGGCGUUCAGUUCGUCCAAGCGGUGGAGAGAUAUUUUCAAGAGGAGCGAUAAGAAAGGAGAGAAAGUGAACAAGGACAAGAAAGGCGGCGGUGGCAUUUUUGGAGGUAGUAAUGGCGGGAGCGCGGCGGAGCGAGUUCUGAACAUCAAUAUUUGGCCGUUCAGGAGAACCAAGUCGGCCGGCAACGGCGGCGCUCGGCCGGUUGGGUCUGGGUUGAGUUCCCCGAAAGCGAGCAGCGCGCCUUGCUCCGGAACCAAUUCGCCCGGCGACUUCAAGCCCAAGAAAUCGCCGAGCCGGAGCAGCCUGGUCUGGCCGGCCCGCCGAAGCGUCGGCAGUCGGAGUUACGGGAUUCCGACGAAACCCGCCGAUAAAAGUCCGAGAAAAGAUAGGAGCUUCGUUGAGAGAAGUUUCAGAAAGGAAGGAAACAAGGGGUGGCGGAAAGUGUCACCGGCCGCCGCCGAUGGCGGCGGUGGUGAUUGGCAUAACGCUAGAAUCUUGACCAUGAAUGCUUCCAUGUCCACUGACGCAUCCACCGCUGAUGCUACCGCCGGCGGAAUCUCCGGUGAAGGGCCGGUACGUGUUAAUCUCAGACACUUGUUUACAAAGAAAGUAUAUUAACUAGUUUGAUUUCCAAUGUUUGUAGUGUACAUUUUCCACAUUAGAUGAGAUUUUAAUGUUUUUUUUUUGGGUGUAAUUUAUAAGAUUUUUGUACAUACAAACCCUAUUAUACAAAUUAAUGUAUAUUCCAUCUCAUAUUGUUUGUUCGGUUCA